GUAUAUCAAUAUCUGCUUCUGGUUAAAGAGGUGCCGAUCGACAUUUAAGCUCAGCCCCACGAUUUUAGGAAGAGCCGAAGAUCAGUAUAGUACGAUGCUCGGUGUAUCGUGGAAGUAUCGAAAAUGACGCAGUGUUUUAGUUAUUUCUUCGUCGCUCUCUGUCUCAUUUACACAGCUGUGUUUUCUUCCGCGAUCUAUGAUCCAAGAUUAACAACUACAAAACCGCCAGAACGUCGUGAAUCGGUGCUUCCCUGGCAUUCAACUGAAAAAGAAUCGAGUGUACAAACCACAUUUUCUUCUCCAAAAUGGUAUCGAUCGGACAACGUUACACCUAAGUCUAACACGAAGAAUUGGAGUCCUUGGCGAAAGGCUCUGGGAAGUGAAAUUGAACAAAGAACUCAAAUUGACAUUCCUGAGCAAGUUUCUGAACAAUCUUCCGAAGAAAUUCCAGAACAACAGCGCAAUUUUGAUAAGUCGGAACAACAAGAAAGUUUGAAAUUUCCGUUUGAACAUGGAGAUUCGAUUAGUUUUGAUAAAAAUUAUGGACAUGUUAAGAAUGAAUCAAAAUAUGGAAAUCGCGAUCGGCCGCAGAACGAGAUUGACUUUGAGCAUAAACAUCCAUCGAGAAAUGACGAGACCAAAAAAACGCACAUGGAAUUUGAGAACGAAGAUUUGUAUGAAGGCGUAGCCACUGACAGCACGAAACCAAGAAAGGAGAAUUUACUUUCACGAAAAUCACAGCACAAAGUGGCUCGAUAUGAUCCUCGAGUGGGUGUUCAGUGCCCCGACGGCAAUUCCACAGGGCAAUUUGUUUAUCCUCCAGAUUGUAAAUUUUUCGUCAAUUGUUGGAAGGGUCGUGCAUUCGUUCAACCAUGCGCUCCAGGCACUCAUUUUAAUCCUGAUACUCUGGAAUGCGAUUUUCCACACAAAGUGAAAUGUUACGAGGACGAAUCCGCAUAUUUCAAAGAGCCAGAUUUUGAAUCCGCACUUAAUCGAAAAUCACAGAAAUUGCAAGAACCAAAAUGUCCACCUUAUUUAACCGGUUUAUUACCACAUCUUGGAGAUUGCACGAAAUUUCUACAAUGCGCGAACGGUGCAACUUAUAUUAUGAAUUGCGGUCCUGGAACAGUUUUCAACUCCGCUAUUGGUGUGUGCGAUUGGCCGCGUAAUGUACAGGGUUGCGAAGAUGUUUUUAAAUCUGAUGAAGAUGUAUUACUUACACCUCCAAAUGUAAAUUCUGGAUACGAUAAGGCAAAAUAUAUCGAAGUAAAAAAAAUUACGUGUCCUGCGGAUUUCACUGGAUUACUACCGCAUCCGGAGACGUGCAAAAAGUUUCUUCAAUGUGCAAAUGGUGCUACUUAUGUGAUGGAUUGUGGUCCUGGAACAGCUUUCAAUCCCCUUACGACGCUUUGUGAUUGGCCACAUAACGUACCCAGCUGUAAAGCAGAUAAACCUGAUGAUAAAAUACAUAGGACAGAGGGUAGUGGUUGGGCCCCAUUUCCUGGAGUUCGAGGUGCUACAUCGUGGUCAAAUCCAAGUCGCUACAAUGACACGUCCAACAUCCGUGGUCAUCUUUCUCGACCAGGAUAUAAUACGAGUUCAAUAUUUAGACCAACUUGGAGACCAACAACAUCUACAAACUUACCUUGGAUACCAAUACGGACAACCCCGAGAUCAUUUUAUGAUCGUCCUGAACACAAUGUUAAUUAUCAUGAUGGUCAUGGCCAUGCAGAUGGACAAAGCCGAUAUCAAGAUUAUGGACCAUAUCGUCCAGAAUGGAAACCAAGUAAUGAAAAUUUGGGACCACCUUCUGACAGAAAUUACGGAUUUCAAGAGAAACUUCAUCCAGACAGGCAAUGGGUGGAAAGCCAUAGAACUGAUCAAAAUCCACAGCGAGCUUAUCCUUUCGACCGUCCAGAAGGAUCACGGUCAUACGAACACGGAAAUUAUGGUCAUAAUUAUCAUCUUCCCGGUUAUCAUUAUCAUCAUCAUCAUCAUCAUUAUCAUAAUUAUGGACCUACGUCGAAUCCACCAGUAAAUCCUAGUUGGAAUCCAAGUAAUCCUACUGCUACUAUUGGCGAUCGAAAGUAUGAUCAAGGAUACGAUGGAUAUACACCAAACGCCGGUGAUAGUCAUUGGCAUUCUAAUCGCGACCAUCAUUAUGAUAAUUCCGGUCAUCAUGAUCAUCGUUAUCCUGAACACGCUGCAUCAAGCGAAACAGAUCAAAGGCAAUUUCAACCAGAUUUUUCUUCUGGAGAAUACGAUGGAGAUAAUAGUCAUUUUCAUCGUAAACAUAACGAAACAAAAUCUUUUGGCAUUGACAGUGGUUUGCCAGUUAGUCAAAGGACCGAUCAUGAUUUGCUCCCGAAUAGACAAGACAGAAUGAAUCCAAGAUUUUAUCAUCCCAAUUUUAAUCAUACUUUUCCAUCCACUAGAAAUUUUUCAUUAAAUAGUGGCAAUAAAUUUCCUCAAAAUUGGAAUUAUAGUGAAUCGCGACAAGAUAGAUUAUCUCCUCCUUGGGCAGGACAAGAUAAUAUCGUUCGAAAUCAGCCAAAUGGAUCUUUUGGUUUCAAGCCGAGUACGUGGUAUGAUCAACAAAAUCCAGAAGUACAGAGGGAAAUUCAGACACGUCCUUGGAACCAAGGCAUGGACACUCAAGACGAUAAAUUACGACGACAAUUCGGAAAUAAUGUAUAUCAGCAAAGCACGGUUGAUAGAGAGACGGAUUCAAAAAUGGCCGAGUGGGCAACAAAAACAAAUGUUUUAUUAAAUUCAAGAAAUCACGUAAACUUAGACUCUAAAAAUUCAACUCAAUAUCCAAGGACAAACUUUUAUCCAAAUGGAGUAUAUGUCAAUGCAAAUGGCAUAAAAGGUCAUUACAUCACGAAAGAAAUUGAGGAUAAUCGAAAAAGUUCGAAAAUCCAUCCAUCGAAUAGUACUCAAAAACCCAACUGGAAUAACAUCUUUAAUAGUACUGAACGUAACUAUGUGCCAUUUAUGACGACGCUGAUGUCAACGACAACAGAAAGAAUUUUAAAUAAACAACCCGAUUUGUCAAGAGGAGCAUGGGAGUUUGAAGAUACUACGAGAGAAGAAUUGUACAGUUCUAGUAACACGAACAAUUUCAAUUUACCUAGAGACUCAAUUGAACGUGAAGAUGAAGAUUGGAUCGGUAGCGAAACAAAAAUAAGUAAUGUAAAUUUAAAACCACCAAGUAUUACAGAACCUGAAAUAAAUGAUUACGAUGUGGAUGUGUUGGACAAAAAUGUUUGGAAGCCUAGGCUGGUUUUCGAAAAUAAGACUAAAACGACGACAGCUCCAUCAGUCAUUAUGAGAAUUAGUCCGAAAAAUAUCGACCUCGAGCUUUUUAAUAUUGAAACAGCCCCGUUUCACGAAAAAGAACCUACAUUCCCAGUUUAUUACGUGCAGCCAGUGCAUCCAAUAACUCAUUCGAAGAAGUCCUCUCGGCCAACGCCUAUAUCUGGUCAGGCUGUACGCUUGAGAGGCGGAACUGGACCUAAUAAUGGUUAUGUUGAGGUGCAAGGUGCGUUGCCUGGUUGGGGCAUUGUAUGUGACUCUAGAAAUAGUUGGACUUUAAAGGAAGCACAUAUUUUAUGUAGACAACUUGGUUAUAUCAGAGGCGCAGAAAUGGCUUGGCAAGGCAGAAAUAAUGACAAUGGUGUACCAACUUGGAUCGCUGCAAACACUAUAACAUGUUUCGGCAAUGAAACCAGAUUUCAAUCGUGCAAAUUCACACAUAGUCAAGAGUGCCGUGUGGAUAGAGAUGCGAUUGGUGUACGAUGUGCUCCCAAUCGUAUCGCGCAUUGUCGCAAGGACGAAAUAUCUCAUAAUGGACAGUGCUAUCACUUAGCUGAUCCUGAUAGCGGACUUAAUCAUGCUGAAGCAUUGGAACACUGCAAACGAAGAAAUGCACGACUCAUCGAUAUCACUAGUCAGGAGGAAAAUAAUUUUAUUUCGGAGUGGCUGUUGCAAUCAUACCCGGAUGUUAACUCGAUCAUGACUUCUGGUUUUGGUUUCAGCAGUAUGAGUCGCAACUUGUGGCUCUGGGCGGAUUCUACUCAUGCUAAAUUCAAAUUUACAAAGUGGUGGCCUGGAUGGAUGAACGAUACGGAACCACCGCGGGUUGGUUCUCGUCCUCUUUGUAUCGUGAUGAAACGACAAUUUUCAUGUCACGAACGACCCGACUCGAUUUGUGACACAGAUUAUUUCUUUUGGGAUACUGAAGACUGCGCAACUUCUGCAAAAGGACAUUCAUUUAUUUGCAAAAGACCUUAUGACGAUAUUGGUUGCGUUUACGGGAAAGGAAAUCAAUACACUGGCAAAGCCAAUGUAACAGUAUCAGGAAAUAAAUGUCUUCCAUGGGCUGAUGAAAGAAUCGCAUAUCAAUUACGUGUAACUGUUAUUGAUAAAGAAAUUCGCGACAAACUAGAAAUGCAUAACUAUUGCAGAAAUCCUAAUCCAAUGAAGGAAUCGAGACCGUGGUGCUUUGUAGAAAAUGGAAAACGUGAAUAUUGUGAUAUUCCUCCAUGUGGAAAUAUUGCUUCAAAACGAUCUAUGUUGACUGGCCAGUGCAAGCCUAAACAUUUUGAAUGUACGCCAGGAGAGUGCAUCCCAUCUCCAUGGGUUUGCGAUGGAGAAGAGGAUUGUACAAAUGGAGCUGACGAAAGAAAAUGUAUAUUGGAUCUGAAUCUCUUUGAAAAAUCUGCAAAACAUAAACUUGAGGGUUACGAUGUGGAGAAAUGGUUGAACACACCUUUAAAAACAUGCGCUUUGAGAUGCAAAGAAGCUGAUUUCACCUGCCGCUCAUUUACCCAUAAGUCAAAUGGCAACGUGUGUUUAUUGAGUAAUAGUAACAUCGGCUUGACUGGUGCACUCAAAUCUGACACAGAAUUCGAUUACUAUGAGUUGAGAGAGAGAAGCGUAAACUGCGAUGGCAUGUACAUUUGCAAUAAUCGCAAAUGUAUAAAUCAAACGCAAGUUUGCGACGGCAAAAACGAUUGCAAUGAUCGCAGCGAUGAGAGUAUCUGCACAGCUGAAAAUUUUGAUUAUGGCAUCCGUUUAGCUGGUGCAAAUAAUAGUUUCGAGGGUCGAAUAGAAGUCAAGAUUCUAGGACAUUGGGGACAGGUGUGCGACGACGGCUUUGGUAUGAUCAAUGCUGACGUUAUUUGCAAAGAGCUUGGUUUUGAACUUGGAGCUUUAGAAGUUAGACCAGGCGGAUUUUAUGGAAAUCUCGAUCCACCCACGAGAUUUAUGGUGGAUCAAUUAAAGUGUCGCGGAGACGAGACCACAUUACGGGAAUGCGAUUUUAAUGGAUGGGGCGUUCAUAACUGUCAACCGGAAGAGGCUGUUGGAAUCGUGUGCAAGACUGCGGUCAACACUUGUCAGGAAGGUUACUGGAAAUGCGACAAUAGUCCAGCUUGUAUACAGACUCCCUUUAUUUGCGACGAGGUGGUCGAUUGUCCAGAUGGUUCCGAUGAGAGUCCAGAACAUUGCGAUGCACCGUUUGAGUUGCGCUUGGUAAAUGGCAGUAGUCCUAUGCAAGGAAGGGUGGAAGUGCGUCAUCAUGGCGUGUGGGGUACCGUGUGCGACGAUGACUUCACAAAUGCUACGGCAAUAGUUAUUUGUCGAUCCUUGGGAUAUGGUGGUAUCGCGAUAGCUAAGAAAAAUGGUUUCUUUGGGCCUGGUCAAGGACCGAUAUGGCUCGAUGAGGUUUUCUGCCAUGGAAACGAAUCUCAGUUAUAUCGAUGCGAACAUAAUCAUUGGGGUCAACAUAAUUGCGACCAUAACGAGGAUGCAGGCGUAAUUUGUUCACCUGGAGAUAUUAAUACCGAGCAGCCAUACUGGAUAAACGAUGAGGAACAUACAGAACGAAGCAUUAACGAGCUACUUCCGACAAAUUGUGGCCAGCGCGCCAAAGAUUUCGAUGACGACAGGGACUUGAUAUUUCAGAAAGUGAUACAUGGUUCCAUUGCGCCAAGAGGCACCUAUCCCUGGCAGGCCAGUAUUCGAGUUCGAGGACACAGUCGAUCGAAUCACUGGUGCGGCGCUGUUAUUAUAUCACCUGUACACGUGCUAACAGCGGCACAUUGUCUAGAAGGUUACAACAAAGGUACUUAUUUCGUGCGAGCGGGAGAUUACAACACGGAUAUAAACGAGGGAACGGAAGUGGAAGCCAAUAUCGAGGAUUAUUACGUUCACGAGGAAUUUCGUAAAGGCCAUAGAAUGAACAAUGACAUCGCUUUGGUUCUACUUAAAGGCCUCGGCAUUCCGCUUGACAAAGAUAUCAUGCCAAUUUGCUUGCCGCCUGAGAAUGCCGAAUAUCCACCAGGAUUAAAUUGCACGAUCAGCGGAUUCGGCAGCAUUGAAACGGGGAAGACGACGCAAUCGAAAGAUUUACGAUACGGCUGGGUACCUUUGUUGGACCAAUCAAUUUGUCGAGCUAGUUAUGUUUAUGGUGAAGGCGCCAUAAGCGAUGGAAUGAUGUGCGCUGGAUAUCUUGAUGAAGGUAUCGAUACUUGCGAUGGCGAUUCUGGGGGACCUCUGGCAUGCUAUCAUAAUGGAGCUUUUACUUUAUACGGGAUAACUAGUUGGGGUCAACAAUGCGGCAAUGCGAAUAGACCUGGAGUUUACGUCCGUGUAGCGCAUUAUCGUCGUUGGAUCGAUCAAAAAAUUAGGGAAUCGUUAGCAGGUAGAUAAAGUGUCGAAAUUAAAAUUUAAAGUUACACAUAACCGUUUAUGUUGCUCUUAUUAUUUUUCUCAAAACGCAAAACAACAUUAGUUGUAAAUGAUAAAUAUUCUAGCGUCAUUUGUAAAUAAGAUACCUUUUUUGUCAUAUCCAUUUUUUCUAUCCUUUUAUUAAUUCAUCCUUACACGCAUUUCGAUGUAAAUACUUGCAAAAUAAAACGUAAGUACAUCUGUCACAAAAUAUAGAAAUAACAAUAAAAUAGUCAAAGUAAUUCUGUUAAUUUGCCGUUUAUUUCAUAAGACAUCUUCAUUUCUACAGUAAUUGUAAUUGCUGAUUUUCUGUGGCUUUUACAUGAUUGAGCCUAUUUUUUAUGUACAAUAGUCCCAAUAUAUAUAUUUGAUCCGAUUCAAUCCAAGGUGACAAUUUAACUUGGCAUUUAUACAAAUUAAAUAGAAGAUGUACAUAUACAAUCGCGGAAAAAAUGUGUUUCCAAUGUAAACUUAAGCUGUGAAUAACAUUAUAUUGUUACGACUGAUCUAUCAUCAGAGUAGCUGAUCAAACGAAAACUAUAAUUGUUCGCUUAUUAAAUUACUUCUUGCAACAGUGAUUUUCUUAAAAAGCACAUAAACAGAAAACCGAAAAGGACAUUGUAAUCACAAUACAUAAAAUAUAAAUUAUACAUUACGACAGAAAACAAUAUAUCGAUUCUAGAUAAAGUUUGGAAAGAUUUGUAUACUUCAAUACGAAGAUUGUACCGAAAAUUAUGAUUGCUAAUUAAAAAAAAAUCUAAGGAUUUACAAGUCGGAAAGACGUAUAUUACAAAUAAUUCUACAAACAUUUCUUUGUUUCUCUGCGAAAUAUACAGCUAGAUUGAUAUUUUACCAAGGCAAAUAUUUCGGAUAUCAUACAGCGAUGGAAGUUUGUUUCAGUUUUUCGCUUUGAAAUAUAUUUACCUUCGAGACUAACAACACCCAUGCUAGAGGAUUCGUAUGUUCAUUGCUACCGUUAUUUUAUAGCAUCGAUAAUCAUAAUUUUCGGUGCAAUCUUUGUAAAACUGUAACUUUUAUCCUUUAGCGUAUGUCAUAUCGAUUUAUAUCAUAGCGUACAUCGAUUUUCGACGUGUUUAUAAACGUUCGCGAAUAAAAGGAAGUUUUUAAAUCA